UGACGCCUGUCUAAACUGCUUUACACUGUGUUACGCUUUCCCAGCGAUGUCUCUUUAAAUGAGGGAGCGUGUGUAAUAAGUGUGGCUGUGGUUGGUUUUCUUCAGCUCUGCUUGUUAAUUCGCAUAAUAUCUGAUAAACCCGAGCAACGCGCAGCAGGUGCUGUUCAAAACAGAGAACAUUUUGACAAACAAACAGAGCGCUUUACGCUUCCGCGAGGACGGAAAUGUCGUGUUUGCCGCUCUGUUCAGCAGCAUUUUAUUCAUUUCAUCAGCAGGCUAUGCCAGUGAAGCUUUGAAGAACUUUCUGCUUGGAAACAUCAGGUGUGAUAGGACUACUAACUAACUAACUGCCUGGAGCAGCGGCACGAAUCAUUGGACACACAGACCGGAUGACUUAUCCCACACAAUAACUCUUCUUAUAUAAAGUGCUUUGUUUGUAAUUGUGAUGCGCGCGGAUCUGGCAUAUGCAGCUUUAGUAAGCAACUAUCUGCGCAGACGGAGCAUCGCAGUGAAUCUACUUCCAGAUGUCCAUCUCUCUCUGCUCGUAACAGGUGGAGCUCAUUUCACUCCAUCUGUCCGCUGCUGAAGUGGCAUAUAUGGGCAACCAGGUUGACAAACUGUCACACCUAAGUUACGCCGAAGUUCCCACGACCGACCCUAACGGACUGGACACGGAGGAAGACGGCCCGCGGAUCGGCGUCUCCUACAUUUUCGCCACCGACGACGACGAACUGGACGAUAACCAUCACCAGCAUGUCGAUGGACCGGAGCAGAAGGAGGAAGAGAAGCACUACAACGAGCUGGACUGCGCGGUUUACCACCGAGACGAGUGCAUUUAUGAGAGAAGUAGCCACACUACGGAACUGGAGACGUUCAGCCCGGAGAAUUUAUUGAACAAAUGUAAGCCCGGAGAUGUGCUGGAGUUCGUGUCCGCCGGUCAGUACCCACACUGGGCUGUGUACGUCGGGGAUUUCCAGGUGGUGCACCUGCACCGGGCGGAGGUCAAGAACAGUUUCCUGACCGACGCUAGUCAGGGCAGGAGGGGCAGGAUCGCGAACGAGCUGUACAAAUUCAAGCCCCUCAGUCCUGACAUGGUGGUGCAGAACGCGAUGGAGCAGGUGGGGGCCAAAGACAGAGAGAUAAGUUGGAGAAAUUCGGAGUGUUUCGCCGCCUGGUGCAAAUUCGGUAAACGGGAGUUCAAGAUGGGAGGGGAGAUACGGAUAGGAAAACAGCCGUACAGAUUAAAGCUCUCCUUGCCUGACAAACAGUUUCAUGUGCUUGAGUUUCAGAGUUUGGAGGAUUUGAUCAUGGAAAAGAGGAGAAAUGAUCAGAUCGGUAAAGCGGCAGUUUUACAGGAGUUGGCGCAUCAUUUGAGCAAUAGCGGAAGUGAAGCGAACGUUCAUUGACGCGCAACAGGUAGCGGAGACAAAUGUAUCCCAACAUAACAUGUGCGUGAUUCUCACGAAACCCGUCCUGAACACUUAACUGCAAAAUUAAAAUUAAUUAUUUUUUGUUCAAAGAAAAUGACAGAACUGGGACAGAUUCUGAUUGGGUUACAGUACUAGCUCUCCAUCAUAUCAAUGCGCCGCUCCCAUAGCAGAUGUUCUGUCAUGUCAGGGACUACAUCUUUUAGCGGAGGGAUAUCACUUAAUGAAUUUAAUUAUUAAUAAUAAAAUGUUUCAAUAAUUAAAAAAAAAAAAAAAUGUGUCCUCGAUAUUUUAAAUUUUUUUGCAAUCAUCUUUAUAAAAACAAUAAAACACUCAAGGCCACGCUGCAUUGUGAAUAUAGUAGGCUAAUGGCUAAAAGAAUCAGCUGCAGUGUACCCAUAUUGACAAUUUAUGGGUUUAUUGGUUAGGAUGUUUUGCAUUGUAACUUACUGUGAAUGCGAAUCGUUCUUUUCAUAACAAUUAAGCUAAAUUCUUAUUGCAGUAAUGCAACAACUAUGUUCUUAUGCACUCAUUACCGUAAUGUGGUGAAAAUAUAGUAGGCUAGUAUUACCACCUUUAAUGUAUGUUAAUUUCAAUAAAAUAAAAUGCAUUGAAAAUAAUGGAAAUCGCCUAGAAGUAAGCAAGCUAAAUUAUGGUAAUGAGACUUGGGUGGUAAAACUUGCUAAAUUGUCUUCAAAAUAAUGUUACAAUGCAAAGCAUCUUAACUGUUGUAAAUGUAGGCUUCAUUUACUUUUUGCAAAAAUAAUUAAUUAAUAAUAAAAAUGAAUUAAUUUUGGGGCUUCGUGAGAUUCAUCUAUAUGUUGGUAUCUGACAUCACAUAUUAUGAUGACAAAUUAUGUUAAUUUUCCUUCUGUUGGAAAUCGAAAUAAUUUCACACUCAGUUAUUAAAUAUUUUAAGUUGGGUGAUAUUGUUUUUCAAAUAGAUUGCCUCUCAAGUUGUAAGCUGUUCUCUAUAAUGUAUAAUCAGGCUCUCUGUGAGUUGCAAAAUAGCCAUAAAUCAUCAUAUGUGGACCUUGCUUUAUAAAAGUUUUGGCACACAUGAAAUUACAGCAAGUAAACAGUGACUGAAUCCA